GAGCUGGCAGGACCUUCGCUUUGAUCCCCGCCAGUGUCUGCGCGGAGUUUGCGCCUCGUUCAAACCCAGGGGGCGGGGAGGAAAGAGCCGGGCGGGCUGAAAAGAGGAGCGAGGCAGACGGAGCGAGGAAGGGAGGGCCCGAGGCCAGGCUUCGCGCUGAGGCUUCUCCCACCCCAGUGCCAUCGCCGGAGGGGCUCUGCCCUGGCCCCCCCCGCCGGGGCCAUGGCCGCGGCCCAGGAGAUGAUCGAGCUGAAGAACCUAGAGCUGGAGAAGCGGAUCGACCUGACCCGCGAGCCCCGGGGCACCCCGGAGCGCCCCGUGCGCCUGGAGCGCACCAACGCCCUGCGCAUCACGCCCGGCAAAGUGCCCGAGCUCCUGAGCCGCGUGCGGCAGAUCCGCCUGCUGGGCGGGCAGAGCGACCCCCGGCUGACGGGCCAGCUGGGCGAGGGCCACGCCUUCCGGCCCUGCACCCGCGGCCAGCAGACCUGGUGCGACCUGUGCGGAGAUUUCGUCUGGGGGGGGCCUCGGAAGAGCCUACAGUGCGCCCACUGCAAGUUCACCUGCCACUAUCGGUGCCGUGCCCUGAUCAGGCUGGACUGCAGCGGCCCCCGGUACCAGGACAGUGACCCGGCUGAGGCCAAUGAACAGACUGUGGAGAAAGACACCAACGUGGAUGAGCAGAUUGACUGGGAGAAGCCGGUUCUGACCCAAGCCGAGAUCGAGCAGAAGAUAAAGGAAUACAACAGCCAGAUCAACAGCAACCUCUUUAUGAGCUUGAACAAAGAUGGCUCCUACACUGGCUUCAUCAAGGUGCAGCUGAAGCUGAUUCGGCCGGUCUCAGUGCCAGCCAGCAAGAAGGCGCCCUCCAUUCAGGACGUCAAUAAGGUGCCGCGCUCCCAGGUGGUGACGCGCCGCACGUCCUUCUACCUGCCCAAGGACACGGUCAAGCACCUGCACAUCAUCUCCCGCACCCGCGCCAGCGAGGUCAUCGAGGCCCUGCUCAAGAAGUUUAUGGUGGUCGACAACCCCCGCAAGUUCGCUCUCUUCGAGCGAGCUGAGAAGGAUGACCAAGUGUACCUGCGGAAGCUCUCAGAUGAGGAGCAGCCUCUGCAUCUCCGGCUGCUGGCUGGCCCCAACGAGAAGGUCCUCAGCUUCGUUCUGAAGGAGAAUGAGACCGGAGAGGUCAAUUGGGACGCCUUCAGCAUGCCCGAGCUGCACAACUUCCUGCGCAUCCUGCAGCGCGAGGAGGAGGAGCACGUCCGGCAGAUCCUGCACAAGUAUGCCCGCUGCCGCCAGAAGAUGCAGGAGGCACUGACUACCCGCACCCCGGGCUGAGCCACCCCGUCCCGGACCUGACACUCCAACCGACACCAGGUGGCUAGGAGAAGAGGAGGCGAGGCGAGGCGGAUAUGGACGGAUCUGCUCCAGGACUAUGCUUGUGGGUCGGGAGCUCCCCUGCGUGGGUGCAGGGAGGUGGGGGGGAGUGUGGGAGGGGGUGGUGGAGGAAUGGGCCGUGGGUGUCUCCCCCGCGGGGGCCCCCGGUGCUGUGUGAGGCACAAGUGUGAGCGAUCGAGGGGCUGUGUGCAUGGGAACAUUUCCCUAGGGGGGUGGGGUGAACUGCCCACCCCCAUCAUGUGUGCAUAUAUGUGAGGCUGCUGGGUCACUGCUGGGAUGGCCGCUUCUGGCUGCGCCUUGGGGAGAGGUGGGUGGUAGAGCUGGUCUGGGUUCAUCCUCCUGCCAGGGCCUCUGGCUCCAUUGGGCCUAGCCGUGUCCGGGGAUAGAUGGAGGCUCAAUGUGGACCUUAAUGGCAGCCCCUGAACCCUGUUCCCCAUUCCUGGGGGGUAGCAAUGGACUCAGAGAGUGGGAGGGCCCUGGAUCCGCUCAGCCCUGCCCUGUGGCUCAUUAAGCAGGACAACCAAGACUGCCUGAUGUAGCCAGACCCUAGUUCCCUGGACAGGUGCAGCUCAGGGUGCUGAGCUGGCAGGCCUGAGGACUCUCUUGAUCCAGCUGCGCUCGGGGCUGUCUGUGGGGCAAGCCCAGGGGAAUUGCUUCAGGGACCAAUGCAGCCCUCAAAACCCUGCAUCGGUCUUUCCAGGAUCCCCAUUACCAAAGAUGGCCUCGGUAGAGGGCAGCAUCCAAAGGAAGGCCAGGAGAAGGAGCUCAGGGGACCACAUGGGGCAACCCCAUCCCCAAGUGUUGCCUCAAUGGAGCUGGUGCCAGGGAUGGGUCUGCCCCCAUGGGUAUCCUGGAGAAGAGGACCUGGGCGCUGUUGCAUGGCAAGAUCCAUCAUGUGAAUGGAGGGAUGGCACCCAGCAAGCUCAGUGCAUCCUGGCGGGAGCAUGGGCCAAUAGCAAUGGCAAGUAGCUAGCAUUGGAGUGAGAGGGGUGGUAGCCCUAGCCUUGGACAGGCCUAACCCUUCCCUGGAGGAGCAGCAGACCCCCGGUGCUGAGGGAGCUGGGGCACUGGUGCAGGACUGCUAGGCUGGAGUGAAGCAACCGAGCCACUCCCCAUGAGCGUGUGGGACCUGAGGCCAUGCAAAUGCAUCCAAGAGACCGCCUGCUUUGCAGGGGGGCCUCACUUGGAGAUUUGAGUUUUUCAGUGAAUGUUUUUGAACCUGACUCUGUCGAAUGUCCCGAGCUUCGAGGGGGGGCCGCGCUCCCUGGAGGCUCGGCCUGUGCGUGGUGCUGGCUCUGUGUGGAUCAAUAAAUGAUUCGGGGCAAGGCU